AGAAGGCAGGAAAUGUGUACGUAAAUCGUUAAAUUAUUGUAUUUCAGGAACAAAACCGAGGUCCACCAUACAGCAUUGAAGAUGGACAAGUUAACUACAAUCAGCGCGGGUCUGUUUAUGGCGGCGGAUGUUUGUGCUGUUGUUAGUUUAGCGAUGCCCGAUUGGAUUGUGACCAGUGUAGGAGGUGAAACACGCUUGGGAUUGAUGUGGACAUGUAUGACGCUUUAUAACCGGCCCCAGGUGUGCUUUACACCGGAACUUCAACCGGAGUGGUUUUUUGCACUGAUCUGCAUAUUCGUGGGUUGCAUUUGUAUCACCACCACCAUUAUUCUGCUAGUAUCCAGCAACUGGGAUCGUAAUGUGAUACCCUAUGCACGGUGGGUCGGCUUUACUGCAAUGGUGCUGUUUUGUCUAGCGGCAGUAAUAUUCCCGCUCGGAUUUCACAUCGAUGAAAUAGGUGGCCAACCGUACCAUUUGCCACAUUCGCACCAGGUCGGCAUAUCGUACAUCAUGUUCGUGCUGGCCCUGUGGAUCACGGUUAUAUCGGAGCUGUUUGCAGAGAAGGUGUGUCUUCCGCAGUUUUAAGCCUGCAAGCAGCAGACAGCCAACCGGCUCGAGACAUAGAAGUCUCGGGCACAUAUCGAUGUAUCUCAUAAUUAUGCUGUAUUAAUAUGUAUUAAUCCUCCAUCCAGUCCAUGUCCAGUGCUUGCAUAUUGAAUCGAUUUGAUAAUACUUCUUAAUUUCCUAGUGAUGGAAUUGAGCGUUAGGUGUAUAGGCUGAAAAAUCAACCAAAACAGAUAAAUGUAAACUUGUAAAAUUGAAUGGCUGGAUACUAUUUAGUUAAGAUAAGUUAUAUUGAGUUCGUACUGUAUUAGUGAGAAAUAAAUUGUUUUAC